AACAAAAUCAAAUUAAAAGAUGAAAGAAAGCCAUUUGCUCUACUUCUUCAUCAUAUUCUUGUUUACUCUAUAUGUCUCCUCCUCUUCUUCUUCUUCGAAGCAUCACCUCUGCUCUCCUUCUGAUGCCUCUCUGCUACUGCAUUUCAAAAACCAUUUUGACCUUACUGAAACUGAAUCAGAUAAUUGUUUCUUCUAUUACAGAUUAGAGGGAAUCAUUGUUGGUAGCCAAGAAAUAAAGGAGCUAUCUUGGGAUGAGGGGUCAGAUUGUUGCAAAUGGGAAGGUGUUACCUGUGAUGCCUCCACUGGCCAUGUAAUUGCCUUGGACCUUAGCUGCAGCAAUCUUCAAGGAUCAAUCAAUGCUAACAGCACCCUUUUCCAACUUCAUCACCUUCAAAGACUCAAUCUUGCCUUCAAUGAUAUCUCUUCCACCUCACUUCCACAUGUGAUCCGUAGUUUCACUGGCUUGACUCACCUCAACCUUUCAACCACUUUCUUUUCCGGAACCAUCCCAUCUGAAAUCUCACACUUGUCCAAGUUAGUAUCUCUCGAUCUUUCUUAUAGUCAUAUUGAAGACAAUAGUUCGAAUUUAUUGUUUCUUCAUAAUCUCACCAAGCUUGAGGUACUCUCUAUGGCUGAGAUUAUUAGUCUCUCAUGUACCAUACCAAGGAAUAUAUCUGCUCCAUUACGAUAUUUAGAUCUUUCACACAACAUUGUAGUUGGCUCCAUUCCUGAUAACAUUUUCCAACUGCCAAAAUUAGAAUCACUUAUUCUAUCCUAUAACCAGGAGCUAGUUGGUUCAUUACCAAAACUCAGUUGGAAUUGCAAUCAAACAUUACAAGUGUUAGAUCUUUUGAACACGAAUAUUUCCGGAGAGCUACCAAAUUUAGUUAGCAAUCUCAGGUCCUUGAAGUAUUUUAUACUUGGUGGUAAUAGUUUUUCUGGUUUUAUUCCACAAUCAAUUGGCAACCUAACACAUUUAAAAGUAAUGGAUUUUGGGGAAAAUAAAUUCAGUGGUAGUGUCCCACCAACAAUCUCAAGUUUGGACCAACUAACUCAUUUAGACCUUUCAUACAACCUUUUUGAGGGAGAAAUUCCAGAUAUCUUUUCUAACCUUCAAGAGCUCACAAAAUUAGAUCUCAUUGAAAACAAUUUCUAUGGUUAUUUCCCAUCUUCAAUUGUAAACCUUACCCAACUUGAAAUUUUAGAUUUAUCUGGAUGUUCACAAAUUGGUCAUCUUCCGCCUGUUGCGAGCGGACUCCAAAAUCUCCGAGUGUUAGACUUGUCUGAAAACACACUAAAUGGCACUAUACCUCCCUGGGUUUUUUGCAUUCCUUAUUUAUUCACUUUGGACCUUAGCCAGAAUCAGUUUACCGGAAGUCUUCCUGAAAUUUCAAGCAAUUUUUUACGAACAAUUGAUUUGUCUACAAAUCAACUAGAUGGUUUGAUCCCUCAUUCAAUUUCAAACCUUUUUUAUGUACGAGCCCUCAGAUUUGCAUCCAACAAUUUCAGUGGCACUAUACCUCCCUGGAUUUUUUGCAUUUAUUCUUUAUUCACUUUGGACCUUAGCCAAAAUCAGUUUACCGGAGGUCUUCCUGUGAUUCCAAGCUACUUAUUAUUACAAACAGUUGAUUUAUCUAAGAAUCAACUAGAUGGUUUGAUCCCUCAUUCAUUUUCAAACCUUCGUUGUGCAAUCGACCUCAAGUUUGCAUCCAACAAUUUCAGUGGCACUAUACCUCCCUACAUUUUUAGCAUUCCCUCUUUACGCUAUUUGGAUCUCAGCAGAAAUAGAUUUACAGGAAAACUUCCUGACAUUUCAAGCAAAUCAUCAUCAUCAUUAGAAAUUGUUGAUUUAUCUAACAAUCAACUGGAUGGUUUGAUCCCUCAUUCAAUUUCAAACCUUGGUAAUGCAAUUGUCCUCAACUUUGCAUCCAACCAUCUCCAAGGACCUUUAGAUAUAGUCAUCUGCAACUUGAGUGCGCUUCAGUUUUUGAUCUUAAAGAAUAACAAGCUCAAUGGCACAAUCCCACAAUGUCUGGGUGAACAUCACCAACUUUCUGUGUUGGAUUUGGGAAUAAAUAAAUUCAAUUUGAUUUUUCCCACCAUGUUUGCAAAGGGCAACAGCUUAACAACCAUAGCUUUGAAUGGGAAUCAACUCCGAGGACCUAUUCCAACAUCUUUGGCCAAUUGCACUCAACUAGAGGCUCUUGAUUUGGGGAACAACAAGUUACAAGAUACAUUUCCAAAGUGGCUUGGAAAUCUUCCAGAGUUACAAGUUUUAGUAUUGAGAUCUAAUAGACUGUACGGACCAAUAACCUCAUUCAAUUCUUCUACAAUUUGGUUUCCCAAAUUGCAAAUCUUUGAUCUCUCUUCCAAUAGUUUUACAGGACCCCUUCCAAAAUAUUUUUGCAAUGGCUUUAAAAGUAUGGUCAAUGCCAUACAUGAAAGUCAACAAAAAGCAAGUUAUUUGGAAAUACAAACAUCUAGCUGGUCAUAUGACAUUUCAAUCACUUUAAUGAUGAAAGGUCAUGACAUUCAACUAGAAAAGGUUUUGACCAUCUUAGCUACAAUUGAUUUGUCAAGCAACAAACUUGAAGGAGAGAUUCCAAUACUCAUUGGAAACUUGAAUGCGCUAAUACUUCUCAACUUAUCGCAUAACUGCCUCAAUGGAAGUAUUCCACACCAAAUAGGGAAUUUGACAUUGCUUGAAUCUUUGGACAUCUCUUGGAAUCAGUUGGUAGGGAAGAUCCCUGAGCAAAUAACAAAUUUAAAAUUUCUUGAGGUGUUAAACUUGUCACAAAAUUAUUUGGUUGGACGCAUUCCUACGGGCUACCAAUUAAACACCUUUGGAAAUGACUCAUAUGGGGGAAACCUCAACUUAUGUGGAUUUCCGUUGUCAAGAGAAUGCAAUGACAACAAUAGGUCACAUGAACACCAACAACAACAUGUUGAGUUGGAAGAUAAAUUCAUGAGUGGAUUUACUUGGAGAGCAGUAGUGAUUGGUUUUGGUUGUGGAAUGGUAUUUGGAAUAUUCAUGGAAAAUCUCAUGUCUCGAACGGGGAAGCCAAAAUGGUUGUUUGUGACUUUCUACGGGAAUAAGAUAUGCAAAACCGUCCCAAGACAAAGAAGGAAUGUUCGAAGAUGCUAAUGUUAAAGGGAUGAAUUUGUUGCUUUUUAUAAGAUCAUCAUGAAUAAUGUGAGGUUCGUGCAGUUUUAAUAAAUGCUGGUCAUGCCAAGCUAAUGCAGCCACGGAAAUUGGUUUUUAAUAAAGCUUUAUGCUUGGUUUAAGGAUGUUUUUUUAUAUGUGCUUAUCUUCAGACUCUACAUAAAGUUUCUCAUCUUCCAAUUUAAUAAGCAUUAUAAAUAAAUAAAUAAAUAAUAGUUUUUUCUUCAAACUUCGCCAGCCCCAGAAAAGUUUCUCGCUUUCUUUUCUUGAUUACACUGUUUAAUACGUUCUAGUCUAGACUUUUUGUGAAGCAAAUUAAAGGGUAAGAUUUUGUUUUAUUUCUUCUUUCUUACUCCAUAUCUUCAAGCAAAAAAAAAAAAAAAAAGAUUUUUGUUUUUCUUUUGGUGAAUGCUGGAGGUGUAAAUGAAAGUUGUUGUUAUAAACGGCAGAGACAAAUUAUUGUUUGGACUCGGGUGUCCACCUUGUAAGGUGGACUCAAGUCCAAAAUACACAAUUUAUAUAUUGAAUAUUCACAAUUUACAUACCGAAUAUACAUUCAGUAGAUAAAUUGUGACGGCAAAGUGAACCCGGGUCCAUGGUAUAACUAUUGAAGAGUGCAAGAUAUGGGUUUCGGGGUGAAUUGAGAAGGGCAAUGGCAGUUGCAAAAGAGGCGUCCAAUUACAUUCUCCUUCCUGAAGGGCCAUGGCAGAAGGCCAAAUUCUGCAGCUAUAGCAAUAACUACCACUGAUAUGAUGUUGUUAGUAAGAUUACGUGUGGCUAUUGAGUCGGAAUGAAAUAGAUGGAGAUAUCAAUAUGAAUGAUAUGAUGUUGUUAUCGCUUUGACUAGUGGAUGGGCUUUCGGGGACCGAUAAGAUAUUAAGAUCUCUUCUUUGAAUAGUUCAAAGGCAGAAAAACCAGCUACAAAGGUGUCUUGAUGCUGGCAAAUUCUGCAGCUGUAGCCAGAGACGGAACCACCCUGGGGGCAGUGGGGGCAGCUGCCCCCACUCACCCCACCCCUACCCCAUAUAUAGUCUUUGUUGGAGGAAAACGUAUAGAAGUUGGUGGCAUGGCAAGGGUUCUGGAAUGAUCCAUCCUAAGAUGGCGACAAUGCUUGGUUGUAAUUACUCAUACCUCAAUUACAAGUGAUGUUUGGAGACGAAUGGUACAUGUUUCUGGCAGUUGUUAUACUAGCUGUGAAUCAUCAUUGUGGACCAUGGUCACAAAACGACGUUGUUUCACUGAGUGGAAGAAAUGACUCCCGUAAAUCUCCGUAACUGAUAUUACAGUUCAUCUCAAAUGAUACUAUAGUUGUGUAUAGUCGUGUUGAACUAUACUGCAGCUAGUUGUGUUGAAAGGGAACUGCAGUUGCGCGGAACGAAGGUCUUUUUAUCCGUCUGGAACUGCAGUUGUGUUGAAAGAGAAGUGUAAUUGCGCGGAACGAAGACUGUUUCAUCCGUCUGUUUUCAUUAUUCAAAACGACGUUGUAGAUCCAUAGUAAAAUUUGCGAGUUUCUGGUAACCCUAAGUUUUAACCAAAUUACUGUAGAUGGAGAUACCAGUACGAAUGAUGUUGUUAUCGGUUUGGCUAGUGGGCUCUCAGGGACCGAUAAGAUCUCUUCUUUGAAUAGCUAGGAGGCAAACCACCUACAGAGGUGUCUCAAUGAUGUAAUGCAGGGGUAGCAAAAUCUAUAGCUUGGGAUGAAGAAGGAGCGACAUGCUUGAUUGAGGGUAGCUGGAGCAGAAAAUGAAGUUGAAGCAGCAAAAAUUGCACGUUCAGUUGCAUUUUCUUCACUUACCAAGGCAUGCAACAUAUCCCCCACUGAUUCCCACUCUCUAUUAAAUGCAGCCGUUUAUGGCAGGGAUCCAAAUUGCUUGUGCCGCUGUCUAUGCAGAAUUCCUUUCAACCCAAAUAAAUGGGAAUCUUUCACUUCACUUCAAUGGAAGCUGGUCUGGUCAGAAUAGCUUCCAUAACUCAAUGAGCACCCCCGUGCAAGACGGAGUGGGAGUCCUUCAAUGGCAACUGGCCAGAAUGUCUUCAAUAACCCAAUGAGCACGCCCAGUGCACGACCUGGGAAUCCUAAGCAGAUGUAUGUAAAUACUUCAAACACAGUUUUACUUCUGAAAACCAAGGUGCAUAGGCCAAUGAAAAAGAGACGCAUCCAUGUAUGGAUGGACAAACGCCGAAUACUGAGAGAAAAGGAAGGAUUAGUCAAAAGUGGCAGCCACACAAAUAUAAUGUAUCCGGAAAUCAAAUACACUACACGUGCCCUCUGGGUGCAAUAUACGCGCAGGCCAUGCACAUGUGCUGAAUUCUCAAUCACAAAUACCUAAUAUUUAGAUCUUUCAUAAAACCAUUUUAAAGGAGGGAUUUUAGAUAUCUUUUUUGAGCUCACCUUUUUAUACUCUAUCCAAACAAUUUCUACAGCAGUUUCCCAUCUUCAAUUGUAAACUUAGCUUGAAGUUUUAGUAUUAGGUAGAAAUUCACUACUUGGUCCUCCCCCAUCUGUAGCAAGCGGACUCCAAAGGCUCUGGAGGCUAUCCUUGUAUGAAAACACACUCCAGAAAAUUUUUCCCAAGAUGGAAUAACUAUUAAUGAAAUUAUGUUGUACAAUUUCCAUAUAUAAUUAUGAUAGAAGCUUUGCUAAAUAGUGAAGUGACUUUAUACA